UGAUUCAAAUAAUGGAUACUAAACGAAGACAUCUUCGAUCUUUAUCUCUCACAUCCAACAAGUUGAUAUUCUCGGGGCAGAUUCAGCUUAUCCUUGGACCUAUGUUCUCUGGAAAAACGACAGAGCUGUUACGAAGAAUUCAGAGAUACAGUAUCGCCCAAGCAAAAUGUUUAUUGAUAAAGCACAGUAAAGAUGACAGAUAUAACAACAGCCUUGUAAUAACUCAUGACAAGAGGACGAUUUCAAAUGAAUACAUCGAUAAAACUACCUGCUCAAACCUCAAAACAUUGUGUGACAAUAUUCAAAUAUGUGAAUAUGAGUGUAUCGGUAUUGAUGAGGCCCAGUUUUACUCAGGUCUCCUUGAAUUCUGUGACCAUGCAGCUAAUUUGGGUAUUGUCGUGGUUGUAGCUGCCCUCUCGGGGGACUUCGAAAGAAAGGCAUUCGGGGAUGUUCUGCAGCUGAUCCCACUCUGUGAAGAUGUAAUAACUCUAAAGUCAGUUUGCAUGUCUUGUUACAGAGAGGAGGCUUCUUUCAGUUACAGAAUCAACACUGAUAACAAGGAGGUUGAGUGUGUUGGAGGCCCUGAAGACUAUAAAGCCCUGUGCAGAAGAUGCUACAUGAAUCACACCCAGGUACUACCCAGUAUCUCUAAUGGUGUCUCUAAUGGUGUCUCUAAUGGGGCUUAGGUUGAGUUUAGAUGUAAACUGAGAAAGUUAUAAACAAAAUAAACAGUUGACGUUAUCUGGAUUCUAGCACCUAUUUCAUCAAUUAUCAUUACUGUUAUUAUUUAACCUUAAACUGUGACUGCAUUAUACAACAAAUUAAUUUAUCUGAUCGAAACUUAUGAAACAUUUUGAAAGUGACAAUUGAAUAUAAUGUGUUUGUAACUUAAAUAUUUGGAAAUUAAUCUCGAUUACCUUUAAAACAAUUUGUCCAAAAUAAGUUAUGGAAUUAUUGCUGUAUUCUUAGGAUCAUACACAAAUUACGUAAAACUGCUUAGGGGAGAAGGUAUGGAUAUAAUCUGUUAAGUAGCUUAUUGAGAGAGUAUAAAAUAGCAAAACUCUGGCUGACGUAAUAUGUGAACGAUUAAAGUAUAGGAAAAUUUAUAUGAUUUAUAAAUGAGUAAUUUUAACGACAACUUAUAAUAUUGCCCCAGGAUUUAAGAACUGUACAGUUACAUAGUUAUUAAAUUAAUUUUAUCGUGUACCUAGACCUGCUUUUGAUUUCAUGCCGGUUUGACUGAUUUAGGCCUUUUAACAUAUUAAGUGGCAAGUUAUAUUUUCUGAGUUAUAGACCUAAAAUAGGGUGAUUAUUAAACGAUGCUUUUUAAUUCUUGACUGUACUGUUUUUAAUUCUUGUUUGUACUUUUUAUCAAGUUUUCCUAGGUUUCAACCAAGUUUAUACUCAAUUUAUACCAUUCUGCUAGUGAUCUGUUAUUUUCGUUCAG